AUGCUGGGACCCAUUUCUCUAGUCUUACUUACACUGGCAGCUGGAGCACUUGGCUCACCAGUCAAAACAAAUUUCGUACCUCAGAAAUGGAGACAAGCUGGGAAGGCUGCUGGAGGCCAUGUGCUUCAUUUAAACAUCGGGUUGAAACAGAGCAAUUUCAAUGAGCUUGAGCGUCACCUGUACGAUGGAUCCGACCCAGAUCAUGAUCGAUACGAUCAGCACUUGAGCAUGGAGGACGUGAAUGACAUUGUCACACCCACAGCCAAAACCUCGGGCCUUGUGCACGAGUGGCUAAGUCAGAACGAGAUCAUGGGCCUCACCUGUAGCACAUCCCAAAACUGGAUCUCAGUUGCGCUGCCGAUUGAAGUGGCCGAGCGGCUUUUGACCACCGAAUAUCACAUCUAUGAGCAUGAAGAUGGUGACCGCCUUAUGAGAACCCCAGAAUGGCCGCUUCCCUCUAAGAUCGAAUUCCUUCUUUCUCCACCACAGACCUCUCCCGGAUACACACUGCCCUCAAACGCCUCUAUCUCAAAGGCCUGCAACGUCAGCUCCGUCACCCCAAAACACUUCAUGAACCUCUACUCAACUCUCGUCUACGACCCCAAAGUCCCAGGACUGACCCAAGUCGGCUUCAACAAGUCCUUGGGCGAGAUCCCAAUCCGACCCGACACUGCCAAGUUCUUUGCGGAGUACCGUCCCCCGGCUGUUGAUGCAGCAUACAACUUCAAGCAGAUCUCGAUAGCCAAUGGUCUAGCAGCCGAAGGCACCUCUCGAGAAGUGAACCCCGAUGCCCAAGCAAUUACAGGAAUCAGUGAUCCGACUCCCGUCAUCUCGUACUCAACUGGCGGCUCAUCUCCUUUCACCUCGGAUAUCAAUACACCGGAUAACACGAACGAACCGUAUCUAGUCUGGCUGAACUACGCCCUCAGCCAAGCAAACGUUCCUCAACUGAUCAGCAGAUCCUACGGAUAUGAUGUGCAGACAGUCCCACAAGAAUAUGCUCAGCGAGUAUGCAAACAAAUGGCUCCCGGUGCUCGAGGCGUGUCAAUCCUCUUCGCGUCCGGUGAUCGAGGGUUCGAGUCCGAGUUUGUAGUUUUCAGGCCUGGGUAUCUUGGCGCUGAUGGGAAUUAUCAGGAGAUCUACUCUAGUGGUGGAAGGUCCAGUAAUUAUUUCAAACGACUACUGUAUCAGGAGAAGGUUGUAAGUGCGCAUGUGCAAAACUUGGAUGGGCUAUACGACGGGUGGUAUAACAGAGAUGGACGUACAUACCCUGAUAUAUCAGCGCAAGGGUAAUACUUUGCCUGCUUGUGGAACGGAACCGAAGGCGUCAUCAGCGGAAAAAGCGCUUCUACUCCUCUGAUGUCGGGUAUUAUCGCACUUGUGAACGACGGGUUGCUUUCGUGUGGCAAACGAUAAACCUCUUCUUGGAUUCCUGAAUCCGUUUAUUUAUCAGAAAGGAUACAAGGGAUUUACUGAUAUCACGAGUGGAUGCGCGACUGGCUGUGGAGUUGAUGGCUUUAACGCGACGGAGGGGUGAGACCCGGUUACUGGCUUUGGGACGCCCAUCUCCCUUGUAUUAGUGGGGUUCGCAAAAGUUUUGGGGAGGAGCGGAAGAAGUAAAUGAACUGGACGGUCGAGGAAGUGACGGCCAUGAGAAC